AUGAACGAGAGCUACAGAGCUCGAGUGAUGCUGAUGGAAACGUGGUUUGAACAGGGUGUUCUGCAGCCUACAUACAUUUUAUUACGGUAUACUCCGUACACGAGGGUACAAGAUCAUGUUCGGGUUGGCAGCCUGAUUUCCAAACUAUGGGAUCAAAGAGCCCCCUCAAUCAAGACGUCUCGGACUAUUGAUGUCAAAGUGACAAGGGAGUGGAGCAGGUGGUGGGAUCUUGCAGGCAUGACCACCAAUUCCGAGAGUUUGUUUUGUGCCAAUGCGGAUCCGGCAUACAACGAAUAA